UCCCUGGGGGUUAGACUGCGCCGAAAUUUGGAGGCUGCGGGUCCCUCUGGUCUAGGCCAUGUCCGAUUGUCAUGCUCCACAGGGAGACUGUUGCUCCCGGCGACACAGUGCGCAGGACAAGGAACAUCCAAGAUACCUGAUUCCAGAACUUUGCAAACAAUUUUACCACUUGGGCUGGGUCACUGGAACUGGAGGAGGAAUUAGCUUGAAGCAUGGCAAUGAAAUCUACAUUGCUCCUUCAGGAGUGCAAAAGGAACGAAUUCAGCCUGAAGACAUGUUUGUUUGUGAUAUAAAUGAAAAGGACAUAAGUGGACCUUCGCCAUCUAAGAAGCUUAAAAAAAGCCAGUGUACUCCUCUAUUCAUGAAUGCUUACACAAUGAGAGGAGCAGGUGCAGUGAUCCACACCCACUCCAAAGCUGCUGUCAUGGCCACCCUUCUCUUUCCGGGACAGGAGUUCAAAAUUACACAUCAAGAGAUGAUAAAAGGAAUAAGGAAAUGCACCUCGGGAGGGUACUAUAGAUAUGACGAUAUGUUAGUGGUACCCAUUAUUGAGAAUACACCUGAGGAGAAAGACCUCAAAGAUCGAAUGGCUCAUGCGAUGAAUGAAUACCCAGACUCCUGUGCGGUACUAGUCAGACGUCAUGGAGUGUACGUGUGGGGAGAAACAUGGGAAAAGGCUAAAACCAUGUGUGAGUGUUAUGACUAUCUGUUCGACAUUGCCGUAUCGAUGAAAUCAGUAGGACUUGAUCCUACCCAGCUCCCAGUUGGAGAAAAUGGAAUUGUAUAAAUCAAAGAAUGUUUAAUUAUAUACACAGAUAAAGCUAAACUUAAUUAUUACUUCAAUGAAACUUGGCUAUUUUUUUAAAUGAACUGAAAAUUUCCAUGCUACUAUUUGACACUGAAUAUUGCAGAGGGUCACCUUGAAUCUCUUCUGACAUUAGAUGGUAUUUGCUUACAUGAUAGGACAGUGGAAUAAAAUUUUUAUAUUCAGUGUUUUUUGUGCUUAUUUUUAAAUUCUUAACGGCAAAGUAUUUGCCUUUAACUUAAUUUCUUUUUUAUGUCUACUCUGAGAAGAUUCCUCUUAAUCUUUGAAGCUGAUGAUAAGAUUUAUUGGAAAAUUUCCACCUAAUCAUAGAAUGAGCAUUUUCUUAUUUUAAAUAUUGGUAUCAUAAAAUUCAUGUGAAAUAUUAAGGCCAAAUGUAUACCUCGAUGUUGAUGUCUAAACAAUUUUAUGGAGUUCCCCUGCAAUCUUUAGUGUUUCCUCUAGUCUAGCAUAACACAGGGCACUCAUUUUAUAUUGAGGGUCAGUUGUGUAACAUGAGAUAUGACUUCACUCAAACUCUCCUAACCAAACAAACCCUGACCAAACCAGUGACAUAAUCAGAAAGACUUUUAAAUGUUAUUAAAGGCAACAUUUUAAUCAUAAAAA